CGGGGACGCCGACACCGGAACCUCUCCUGCCCCCGGAGGAGUGAGUGGAGUCUGCUAGACGGGGCACACGCAGGAGGGGCGGCGGCAGCAUUGUCGCGGCGGGCGGUUCCCUUUGCUGCAGUAGCAGCAGAGGGCGAUGCUGAUUUUGAUCAUCAGCCGCGGCUGCGAGCCAGUCCUGGCCUGAGGCACGAAGAGACAGCCAGACCUCGACUAGGUUUGCCUUGGAAAGUUCAGGAUGGGGCUGAGCACGGCAACCGCCGUAAUGGUGUUGCCUGCAGCGAGUCUCACUUUCUCAGAGGAGAGAGGGCUUCCUCGGGGCUGAGGCGGCCUCUUUUUCCUUGCCGGUUUCUCCCUCAAGUGCGUCUUUCCGACGUUGCUUUUCUCUUCUCCCGACUCGGGCCGGACGCAUUCUUGGCCCACAGCCGCAGAGAAGAGGCGACUUCGCCACCACCUUUUGAAGCCAUCGGUGGAAGAUGGCGUGGGUGCUGAAGAUGGACGAAGUAAUCGAGUCUGGUCUGGCGCACGACUUCGAUGCCAGCCUCUCCGGCAUUGGGCAAGAGCUGGGCGCCGGCGCUUACAGCAUGAGUGACGUACUGGCACUUCCCAUUUUUAAACAAGAAGACUCUAGCCUUGCCUCUGAUAAUGACACAAAUCAUCCUCCAUUUCAAUAUGUUAUGUCUGCUGCAACAUCCCCAGCAAUCAAACUGCAUGAUGAAACACUUACUUAUUUAAAUCAAGGUCAGUCCUAUGAAAUUCGGUUGUUAGAUAAUCGAAAAAUGGGAGAUGUGCCUGAGAUCAGUGGGAAAUUAGUAAAGAGUAUCAUAAGAGUAGUAUUCCAUGACAGAAGAUUACAGUACACUGAGCAUCAGCAACUAGAAGGCUGGAAGUGGAAUCGCCCUGGAGACCGAUUACUUGAUUUAGAUAUUCCUAUGUCUGUUGGAGUAAUUGAUAUAAAAACAAAUCCAAGCCAACUCAAUGCAGUUGAGUUUUUGUGGGAUCCUGGAAAACACACAUCUGCCUUUAUUCAGGUACAUUGUAUUAGCACAGAAUUUACACCUCGGAAACAUGGAGGUGAGAAAGGAGUUCCAUUUAGAAUACAGGUUGACACUUUUAAACAAACAGAAAAUGGAGAAUAUACUGAUCAUCUGCAUUCAGCCAGCUGUCAAAUCAAAGUGUUUAAACCAAAAGGAGCAGACAGAAAACAAAAAACAGAUAGAGAAAAGAUGGAGAAGCGAACUGCUCAUGAAAAGGAAAAAUACCAGCCUUCAUAUGAUACUACAAUUCUCACUGAGAUAAGGCUUGAGCCUAUAAUUGAAGAUGCAGUUGAACAUGAGCAGAAAAAGUCCAGCAAGCGGACUUUGCCAGCAGACUACGGUGAUUCUCUGGCAAAGCGAGGCAGUUGUUCACCAUGGCCUGAUACACCUGCAUUUGUGAAUAAUAGCCCUACCCCAACACCCGCUUUUACUUCUUCUCCACACACUACUUACAGUAUCCCAGACAGUAAUUCAUCAUCUCCAAAUCAUCAAGGAGAAGGUGUUUCCUUAACGGGUGGUGAGCAACUUCAUCCAUCAGCCACAAUCCAGGAAACCCAGCAGUGGCUGCUUAAACAUAGGUUUUCCACUUAUACAAGGGUGUUUUCUAAUUUCUCAGGUGCUGAUUUAUUGAAGCUGACAAGAGAAGAUCUGAUACAAAUCUGUGGUCCUGCUGAUGGAAUUCGGCUUUACAAUGCACUUAAAUCAAGGUCUGUUAGGCCACGUCUAACAAUUUAUGUAUGCCAAGAGCAGUCAAGAACUAUACGACUGGAAAGGCAACAAGACUCAGGCAAUGGAGAAAAUAAUGGUGCAAUAUUCGUUUACCAUGCAAUCUACUUGGAAGAAAUGGCUGCCUCGGAAGUCACUCGCAAGCUUGCUUUGGUGUUCAGUAUUCCUUUGCAUCAAAUUAAUCAGGUUUACAGACAAGGUCCUACUGGCAUCCAUAUUCUUGUCAGUGAUCAGAUGGUCCAAAACUUUGAAGAUGAGAGCUGCUUCCUCAUUACCAUAAUAAAAGCUGAAAAUGGUGAAGGAUUCCAUAUAAUUUUGAAGUGAUGUUGCCACAUGUAUGUCGAACUGAUAUUCCAAUUGAAAAAUGAAGUCCUCAAGAAUGGCAAAUAAUAUCAAGUCUCUUCAGGGAUCUGACUUCACCAUGUAGAAUGUUUCAUAUUGAAAACACAAGUUGACCUUCCAGUGAGCUGUUUAGUAAAUGAACUUAUCACUGCCAUAGCCAAUUGUCCUCAUUAGAGGUAGAAAUAACCCAAUAGGCAUGGAAAAAAGCAAAGUGUUUAAAGGUGUUUGCCCUUUCUUGAAACAAAUAAAAUAAAAUAGGGAAGCUAUGGCCAGUAGAUGCAGUAUCUUGAAGCAUUGCUGUUUCCUAUUACACUGUAUCCAGUUGAAUGUAAACUAAUACUGGGCAUUUCUCUUCUGGUGCCAGUUUGUCUAUUAUUUGCUUGUGCUUUUAUGCUGGUUUUAUUUUUUGAUGUAACAGAGCACAUAAUUUUGUGUGAAGAUAAGUAAUACAAUAGCAAUCAGGUUUGGGAUCUUGAGCGUAAUGCUAUCAAAACAACAUUCUUUGUAUAAAUUGUGUAUAAAGUGUGAAUGUUUAAGUGCUAACCACAUGAAAAUUAAGCAGGUAUCAAAGCAUAUUAUCAUUAGUACCUAACUGAGGUUUAUAAAAUAAGACCUCUUAGGUACAAUAUUUUGCUUUUCAACAAAUUUGAGAAAAUUUGCCUAUCCAUCAUGUUUUAGUUUCUUGAAUGAUACACUCCUGCAGUUAUAUAUUUUUUUAAAAAAUCUGUAAAAUAAUGAGUUGAAAUUUUUUAAUAGAGAAAAGAUUAUAUAAUUGUCACCAAAGUUCAGUAUUUGAAAUUAGGCAAGGUUCCAUAAACCAAAUAAUACCUUUAACAAAAUAUAGGUGCACUCCAGCAUUUUUCAAUGUUCGCUCCCACUUGACAACUGUCCUUUUCUUUUUUCUCUCUCUGGCAGUACUGGAAAGACCGGUCUUAGUGUUUAUUCCAUACAACCAAAUACUUGACUAGCACUUGCACAUCUUAAUGAACUGUACAAAUGUUUUCAAAUGUUACUUAAGAUCAUAGCAUUCUAGAAAAAUAUUUGUCUCUUCUGGAUUGUUUAUUAAUAUAUAUACUUGUUGGAAAUUAAGACACAAAAAGUAGAUUACUUCAUGACUUGCUUUUUUAAUCAACUUAUAUCUUGAGUGCAAGAGAAAAGCACCGCAUGUCAAGUAAUGUUUUUGAUUUCAGUUCCAUUUUUAAUUAUACCUAAGUGAAGUGUUUGAACUAUAUAAUUAUUCUUAAAAAGUCAGUUAAUUACUUGUAUUUGAAUGAAUGUUUGUUCCCUUUUUUCUUCAUGACCUAUACUAUUCUGCACUGAUAUGGAGGGAGCUUAGUUUGUAAACAUAAACUGUUUUUGAGUUGUUCUUGCUUAUAAAUUAUUUUUUUAUUAUACUUGAGUGUCUUCGGUUCACUUGAUGUGUCAUGUCAACACAUUUUUGAAAUUUGUGGAGAAUCUUCAAAAAAUUUAAAAGUUGUACAAUAGUUUUGUUCAUUUGGAUUUAAUUAAUGGCACCAGAAAUUUGCUUUUUGUUUUUGGAUAUUAUAUAUACAUCAAUUUCAGUAAAAACAUUUUCCAAUAAUGUUGUAAACCUUUUUUCACUUUUUGCAAUGCAUAUUGAAAAGGUAGGUGCUGCUGAAAUACAUAAUUUGGAGAAAUGUAUCAUCCCUUUCGGCUGGAACUAGAAUGAGCACUGGCUCAUAAAAGAACUGCUUAUUCUUUGUUCAGUUGAACUGGAUGUGCUGAAUAACUUUUUUAAAAAAAAAUACUGCUUAUAUUGACUUGCCACAAUGUUUUAAAUGAUUGAAUUUAGAUCUAAAUAUGAAUGUCUUUAUUCACUAGUAACCUGUACCAAAUUUAAAUUAAAUACCUGUUUAAAAAUUUCAGUUUCAUGAAUACCCUUUAAAUAGAAUCAAAAUAAGUUUGUUUGACACGUAAUAUUUCUCUUCAUAGUUUUAUUACCAUUGACAAAUUACAAAUAAAAAACAGAUAAGCUGGUGCAGGAUAUUCCUCUACAAGGGGUGUCAAACUCAAGGCCCAUGGGCCACAUCCAGUCUGCAACAUGAUUGGAUUCGCCCUAGUUUGUGAAUAUAAACUGUUUUGGGGCUAUUCUUGCCUAUAAAAUGAAAGAGGCUGGCUCGUGUUGCUUUGGCCCACCCCACCCCAUCCUGGCGGGGACACAUGCAACAAGCUGCAACUGUUGCCAGGCAUCAGAAGUUUUCCAGCCUUUCCAGCCACAUGCUCCUUUCUCUCCCCCUUCCUUUCAGUGGCUUCAGCUUGAAGAGGAAGCUCUCCAGCCUUUAGGGCAGUGGUUGCCAACCAGUGGGCCAGGG